AUGGUGGCGAGCGUGGUAAGUCAAUUCUCAUUACUGUCGCGUUUUCCUAUCUGAUGUUGACUGGCUUUGAGUUAGAAGUGGAUUAUCUUAGCACUUUUAGUCAUUUGGAAGUUUAUCCCUGUCAUCUUCCGCGCCAGCCAUUGGCUGACUAGCGUGCCUUGUUUCCCCUACACGCUUGACGUGGUUGCCGCUGCGUCGGCGUGCCCGUUGGCUUUCCCCUCGUCAGGCGGCGGGCUGAUCGGUCGUUGUUCCUCGGACGUGGUGUUUCUGGCCUCGCGAGUACGUCCGUGAGACAGUGUGCCACGCCGGUCACGUGAAUUUCGGUCAGCGCCUUCCCCUCUCUCCGCGAGCGUCGGCAGUCGACCCCGUGUGACUCUUUUCAUCCGUGUCAUUGGCCCUGCCUGGACUGACUCGAGUCCUGCGCGAAGCUCCUGGUAGGCGGGAUGUAGGUCUAUGGCUCGGUUGAGCGUGCCAGUCGAGGGCCAACUUUCCAGCAUCAGUCUGGCCAUCUUAUCCUUGGCUCUACCGACCAGUCUCGCUUCCUCGAAGGCGAAAUUGUGGUUCUACUGUUGUAUGCGGCCAUAAACCAGCGACAGCUUAUUCCUGCCGUUUGUUGCGAGCUGAUGCUCAGGCAAUCCUGUCCCUAGGCGUUUGCCCGUUUCACCGGCAUACUUUGCAUCACAAUAUUGGCAUGGUAUUCAGUGGACCACAGCUGAUUGUCUUGUCGCUGGCAGCGAGUCUUUGGGCCUCAUAAUUCGCUCUCUGAUUGUGGAUGCCGGCUUAUGGGCCAUACAAAUUCAAAAAGCUUUCAGGAUUCUUGCGGCCGUCUGACGCGGCGAAGGCCGAAGAGCACAGACACAUUGCACUCGUUGGUAGGACGAAAAUGAGGUUGUAGUUUUUCCUUCAGCUCGGCACUCCUCUUCAUUCUGACUUCUUUUCUGGCAACAUUUGUUCUUUGUAGUACGGUUUCAAACAUGUCUUCAGGUAAGGGUGAAAACACUGGCUUCUAAGAUCGAAAAUAGUUUCGGAUGUCGUCCUACCAAUGAGUGCAACAUAUCUGCGAGAGUUGUAAACCUUUCGAAAACGAGUCUAACAUUUCCCGAAUUAAGCCUACUGUCUGAAGCACUUGACUUCAAUCUUACCGAUGCUGCACCUACAAACUUCCUAGCAAGUCUUGAAUCCGUCCCACUGACUUCUGCUAUUCCUGAAAACGUGCGUGCUGACAUACACAGUUGUGCCAAUGGUCUUCUUCGACAAAGGAAACGUCACCAAAACUUAACCAUCGAUGAAGAAAAGGGGUUGCGAUCUCUGAAAACAGUAUUGUGGUUGUAUCUGCUGACAAAAGUGGCGCAACUAUCAUUCUGGACCAGACUGAUUACGGGCAAAAAGCUAGCCAAGUCUUUAAUGACAUAGAAACCUACACACCACUCUCUGAGGACCGGACGAACUAGCAGGUCGCGGCUGUAAAGAGGAAGGCGAAUGAACUCGCUCGACUAAAGUUGAUAAGUCCCAAUGACUUUGGAUUCAUGACUCUCAGUGACCCCCGUAUCGCACAUGCAUAUGGCCUUCCAAAGGUACGCAAACCAGAUGCACCAUUGAGGAUAAUAGUGCCAGUCAUUGGAUCGCCUACCUACAACCUAGCCAAAUGGUUAUAUCGGCAUCUGAAGCACCCUGCCGAUGGAUCAUACACAAUACAGCAUCACAAACUCUCAGACAUUCCUUGAGAAGGUCCAAGGUCUUGGAGUAAAUCAUGAUGAGAGCAUUCUAUUAUUUGAUGUGGUCGUCUUGUUUCUUCCUCAAUACCGCAUGACCUUGCCACUGAGAGCGUGACCCGACGCCUGCAAGACAAUCCCGUCGACGUUCCAAUACAACACGUCUUAGAGAUGCCUCAGUAGCUAUUGCUGAUUCGAUGGUAAGUAUUACCAACAGGUUAAGGGCACUCGAAUGGGUUCGCCAAUUUCGGGGCUACUUGCAGAACUAGUCCUACAACGUCUAGAAGAGGGUGUUGUACAAAGCUUUCAACCAAGAAUGCGGUUCAGAUACGUAUAUGACACAUACGUCAUCGUAAAGACCUGUGAAGUCGAGCGAUUUCACCAAAGCCUGAACGGCGCCUUCCCAGCUCUACAAUUUGCUCGCGAAGAAUCAAGAGCAGACACCCGUUCGUAGACGUGGGCAUAAAAAGGCUUUAUUGCGGUGACCUCGCAACAAGCGUUCACCGGAAGGGCUCCGACGCUGAGAUCAUCUUUAACUAUAAGCGGCCCAUAAAAGAAAUUAUUUUCGGACUCUUUUCCAUCUGACCUAUCGUUACUGCAGUACUGAGGAUUUACUCAAGAAAGAACUGGCUUAUCCGUAUCGGUUUUUCCGACCCAAUAAAUACCCGGCCAGCUUUGUAACAAAAAACAGUCUCAGACUCCAGAGACAACCACAAAAAAUCGACUCCAACGGAGUCAGGGCGUCACGGAAAUCCUACUUCCUGCCCUACAUGCCAAAAAUUUCCGAAUCGAUCGCCUGACAAAUAAAUCAGUUUGGAAUCUCCAUCGCCCGCAAACCGGCGUCUUUCCUGAACACAAAGUUAUACCGAGUAAAACAUCCCAUGCCGAAGGAGCAGCAAACAAAUGUCGUUUGCUUCGUUCCAUAUACGAACUGCACUUGCGUUUAUGUUGUACGUACCGGCCGACGACUUGGGACCCGCAUUAACGAACAUAAAUUGGCCAUCCACCGACUUUCUUUAUGAGCCGGUUACUCGGCGCAUUAUGUCUCGGGAAUUCAAGAUUGUUACAGGUCAGAAGUCGCCAAGAUAGACUGCAUUUAAUCUAAUAAAAGCCAGUUGCAACGAGUAUGUAUUGGCGUUGAUUUUAACUAAAAAACCGCCUGUUAGGUACAUUGUUGAAUUUGUUGUUUUUGCUCGCCGGUGAACCUAUUAGCGCACUGAUGAACCAGCCCGAAAGCUUAUCCAGUAUGCGUUCUCGGUUUGCGAGAUUGUUCAUUUUUAUUAAUUUUUCGGACGCUGGGUUUUUCAUCCGCAACUAUGAGCUUCCAUAGUUUCUUUCCUGCACCAAUACCCAAGCCGUAUGAUUUUGUCGAUAUCUGUCCUAGACAGGCCUGAAUUAGAGUCAUCCGAAGGCCAUCAGUCUCUUACAACCAGCAGAUGCCUCGAACAGAGGUAACUGGUUCGCACUACGGGUUUUCAAACUUCAAUAAAAUUCGAAAAAACAACACAAUUUUGCCACAAUCAACCCCUUGUCUGCAACUGUUAAUUUUUACGCCAAAUGAUCAUAAAUUUGUCAAUCGGAAUAAGAAAAAAUAAGAGCUCAUUGGUCAAAAGGUGGAUGACAGUUAGUGGCAAAGGUCGCUGUAAUUCUAAAUGUUUACAAAGGUGGUUUGCUUAUCUUUAUAGACCAUAACUGUGGCAGGGGAAACUGUGGUGUGAGGGAGUUAGUUGUAGUUCGUUCGGCUCCGGCCUUCAUACCAGCCGUGAGCCUUCUGUAUUCAGCCUCCAUCGCUGGAGGAGGGAAUGGGUCGAGCUCUCCAUAUCCGCUGCCGCAUAUCGUCACGCGUAAAGAUGUACACUUCGCGAAAUCUUAGAGACCGGUCAUACAACGCAUGGUCACAGCUGUGACGAGUACAGGUACAGUCUUGAAUCCGUCCUAUCUUCGGCAAACUUCAUGGAAGAGGAGUAGCUCAUAGUCGGUAGUAGUACUAUGCAAUCCUCAAGGAGCCGGAAUAAAUUCACAGUACUACUUGCGACGGAAAGAAGGUGCUAAAUUAUGAUCAUCCCGCCGAUAAAGUGGUUUCCACCGGUAGCUACGUAGAUAAACUGGUGUAUCGGCACAAGUCUGUGACUGCAGACCGUGGAAAGUCGCAUAAUUCGUGUGUAUAGAAAGUGCUGGAACUCCAGGAGGGAAGGUCAAUCUCAGGGCUUCUUGCCUUUGUCUUAAAGUAGAAUGAACCAAAAAUUGUCAAAGCAUAGGCACUUCCUCAAGUUGAAAAAAUAGGACUCCACUGCCACCGAUAGUCUUUUUAUCCGACACUCGGUAAUUUCGCGAAGUUUAUAACUUUUCCGAGAAACUGGACCUCCAUUGAGGACUGAAACCAGUUUCCAUUUGUUUCAGGCAAGAUAAUCGUGUCAUUUGAAAUCUUCCCUCUGUGCACUUCGAUUAGGCCGUAUCCAGCUAAACGCCUUACCGAUGAACUCUCCCAGGCCUACGCCGCGGAUGUUCGUGUAGAUGCUCUGCCACAACCCUUGGAUCUCUGUCUAGAAAAUAAUAAUUCCUUAGCCAAACAACACUACCAGUAGCCAAAAACUGUCCCCCGUAGACCUAUCUAUAUCAGAGUUUCCAGCAGAAGCCAUGAUUCAGUAAUGAGAAUUUACAGCUGUCCUUUUGACAGGAAAUUUUUUCCUCUGCAUGUGCUGCCGGAUGUCAGAAGCUCCGGUAUCCGAUUAAACCGGUUUUUACAUGAUGCUGUUUUAGCUUUAUGGAGAGAAAACCCACUCAACGAAGCCGUUUAUAGGGCCUUCACUGUACAAUUUUCUCGACCGGCAGUGUGCUCCGCAUUUUGUUGGACGUACGUUACCUGCCUGCUUCAAAAGUGUCCGUUGUGUAUAUGAGUGAGCUUGGUCUUAAUUUCUGUACACUACCGUUUGAGGUGUACAGCUUGGAUUGUCUGACCCAAUUUCGGGCUCCAUGCUGGAGCUUAUUUUUCCCAUAUCAUUGAGUGUGUUUAACUUCAAGUUAUUUCGCACUUCAUAUAUUUGACUUUAUUGCUUGGAACGUCCUCUCUACAAACUUACUUACGGAACGCCCGUCUUAAGAUGACAUGUGGGGCCUUUUACUAACUUUACUUUACUAAUUUUAGUGUGAUUUUCUACAAUUUCGUCAAUUGCCUUGAUGUCUUCUGUUAAUUCCAGCUUCCCUGGCUUGAACGAGAGCAGUACGACGAUAUACCCGUGGAACGCGUUGCUUAUGGAAACUGUGGGUACUUGCUGUGUUUGAAACCGGUCGGAAAUCAGUUAAAACAAACAUACCGCAUAUCAAGUGCCUCCAGGAAAGUCUACGAAGUUGGUGACCGGAAGGUUUGUACUAAUGUUUUGUUCAAGGCCUGUUCUGUUUUUUGAACGUCCUGCUUUUGAGGCCUUACUUAGUAAGAAGGUUGCGCUUUCGGCUUUUGUGAACCCACGCGACGAACGGUGCAAACGAAUCAUUUUUAUGUAUAUAUUAUGUUUGCUUAUUUCUUUGAAGUAGCCAUAUACGCAGAACGAACGCCAACUAAAACGAGGGCGCCGGGGACCAGCUAUUUUCGACUUAUUAACCAUUACCGGUCAGCGAUACUUUAGAUACAGGUUUCGAUAACUGGGACUCCUUAAUCACUGUGCACUCGAUCGAAGGUCCAACCCUCCUGCCACGUUUAUAAAUGCGCCUGAUGGCGGCCGACAGGGCAACUUACCCGCAGCUCAAUGAUAAUGCGUGGGACCUAAAAAGACUCAAUGACCCAGGGAAUCCCAGAAUAGAGUCAUCGGUUAUCCAACUCCAAGGUAUGACUGGCUGACGACUGUUUAUAAGCCAGAGAUGGUCGGUCCAAUCACCUUUGUCUUGAUAUUCCUUCUGCAUUAUGAAUUGUUCCUAUGCUACUGCUGGAGAGCAUCCUAUAGUACCUUUUUAAGGCAAAACGAGGCGAAAGCACACCGGCGAACACCCUGAAUCACAGAAGUUACCUGCUGCUUGUAAACUUUCCAACGUUUUUUUUUCUUUCAGUACUUCUGCUCCGAUUGGUGCUACCGUGCUUCAUGUUAUCUCCGAAAGCAAAUACCAGCUGAACCGGCCUGGUGUCGCCCUCUUAAUCCAGGUCCCAUGGUUAACUUGAGAUUCCUUCCACCCACAGCGCAUGGACUCCCAGGCAAGAAGAUACUUGACGCUAUGAACCGUAUGCGACUGGAUGACUCGAACGACGAGUCUGGAAGUGGGGAGUCUGACUCCGUUGGCAGCGACAAUGACUCGAGUUUUGACGAGGGCGAGGAAGAUAUUCCCGAAGAUGUUGAUGAGGCGUUUGGUCGAGUGGUUAAAAUCGAUCACACCAAGUUGCCCAAGAACGUCUGUGCUAGCAAAGCGCAAAUACGAAAAAUGUGGAGUGAGCCACUCCCGCCACCAAAAAACAUUGAAAUUAUUGAACGCAAGCCUUCUUCAUUGGAACUGCCACAAGUACCUACAAGCGAACAGUUUACCGCAACACCGCAGCGGCCUUCGUCGCCUACCGGUGACCUUGCCACUUUCGUCACCACUCGGUUAUCCGAGUGGAUCACGCCUGAAGCCAUCCGAGCACUGGGGUCAGAGACUGAGCCCAGCGCCGCUGAACUCGAAAAGCUACCUAAACCGGUAAAAUUCGAAAAGGUCGCCGCAUUUCUCAGAGGGUCUGAACCAUCGUCAUUCGACCCGGAAACUGAUCCUGCUUCCGACCACCCGGUAAGAUUUUGUCUGAUUUUAGGCCUUUCGUCAUUUAAUGAUGAGACGUUUAACAAAUGCCUUUUAUGAUAAAUUUAUAAUGGUGUACCGUGCCUCCAAAAUGUAUACUUGCGCACGCUAGGUCUGUAUGUUUGAUGAACUAGCUUUUUAAACAAUAGACAAGAGAGCAACAGGUACCAGGGUAGUUGGUGAAGUAUCUGAAGGCACAAGUGACUGGGAAAAAGAUGUGUAUGCUGCAAAACAUGCGCAUCUGCAGUCUGAACUACUCAGCUGGUCGGUCGGCCACUUAGGGUUAGGGUCGGUUUUAAAAACCAACUAGUGGCCCGUCAAAGCACUAUCCAACUACUUUUUUCCUUUUGUGCCUUGACUUCUGUUCAUAUGGAUUUGGCAGUCACCGUCUGGUCGGGGUACCACGACUUCAUUUGCAGUUUAGAAGUAAUUUCCAGUCCGGCUCUAUGCGUCGGCAACACUGCAACAUAGCAACCUGGUAAUAGGAUACGUUUCCAAUCAAUAAAUUAGCGAAGACGGGUACCUCAUAUCGGAACACGAAACAGUGCAACUGGACUCGGAUAACUAUACGAAAUCCUAUACACCAGAGGCGUUACUAAUAAAACAAGGAGAGCCGGGACGGUCAUUUCUGGUUUAUUUGUCCCUGUUACCCACUUUCACUCGGGGUCCCAAAGGUUCCGAGAUUUUAAUUCUGGUUAUUUGGUCAUCGAACAUUCGAGCCCACUUGUCGAGCCACGGGCCCACGCCUUGUCGGCUGUUAUUAGCUGUGUCCAGCACCGUGCAUCCUAAUCUCAGAGCCUCAUAUGGACAGUGUCGUCCUGUCUUGGAGCCCUAGCCGAAUGCUUUUGCGGGCAGUCGCAUAGCUGCGAAUGAUCAUCAAAUGUUAUCAUCAUGAAUGAGGUAGACUGGAGUGGCCGUUUUUGUUCGUCUACUGUUAUGGACCAGCCAUACCCCAGGACUCAGACGCGACUCUGACUAUAAAUUGUUCAUUGCUCUGCAUUGCUCUGCGGACAAUGCAGAAUCGCCCAUAUUUUUGUCCUGUAAUUGAGAUACUUGGUCAGUAUCACCCUCCCAUAAUACGAAUUUUUUAAAAGGUGAUGUCAUAGUGUGCCGAAUUUCAGUAUCUGACCGAAUACUGUCUAACUGGCCCUCGUUCCUUUACGCAUUUUAGUCGGUCACGCGACACUUCCGGUGGAACGGCUAGGAAUUCCGUACUUAGCGAUCACGUUCCAUCAACCGCAAGUCCAUCAAAUCGUGCUAGCUGAGACGAAUGACCACCGUUACACAUGAAAUGCCCUGUAAAACCAUGGACACCACUGACUAAGUCCCUGUUUCUUCAAAUUUUGCCGAAACCAAGCAAAAACCACUGUUUUGACUCGUCUGACAGGAAAUUUUAGCAGUUUAUUUCGAACGAAAGGGGCGUUUGCAGAACUGACCUAAUCAUAGAAUGGGUUCCUGACGUCCUACUUUGCCUGUCGCCGUUCCUUUGUGUUAUUUCACGCUUCCACUACUGUCAAGUUUUGUCUGCAUGUCGCCGUGCUCAUUUCUCGGUCACAUGCCAUGUUCAGCCAAAGGUUUAUGUAGAAAGUGAUAUGGGUCAACCUGGGUUGAACGUUUCUGUGCGAUGCCGUGCACGUCUCGGUCAGGACACGUCUAUACGUGUAAUUGCCGUUUUUUGGUUCCACCUGGUCCGUUCUCACAAGUACUGAAAAGUUUCUGAUCGGUACCUGCUCAGCCAUGUGUUCCACUUCGCUCCCGCACUCCCCCCUUUUUCGUCAUAAUCUUCGUUUAGUUGCUGCUUUUUUGACACCGAAUCUCUCAGUUAAAGCAUUUUUGUAUCUGCUUCUUGUUGGCGUUUUUAUUGCCUUGUUCGCACGAUCAGAUGCAUGGAGUCCCUAUUUGAAAUCUUGAUAACUACCGCAACGGUAAAGGUAGCUGAUACGCCUUUUUUUCUGCCACACAAAGCUCGGGUCGACCGUCAUGCCUCUGGUGGACUCCAUCUCUCAGAAACAGUACCGUCUCCGUCUCCUAUUAGAGUCACUUUUGCCGAGGUGGGUGAAUUUCUACUCAUGUCGUUUUUACUGUCCUCGGCGCAGUACUCUUCAGCGUUUCAACAGGGUUGGCCAGGGAAGGCGGGCUCUGAGCUCGUAUGUCAUGAUUGCUAGUCAACAACACACUCUGUGACUCCCAUGUUGUUCUUGUUACUACUAUUAUUUGUUCAUUAUUAGAACAGCUACUAACCGCAGAUAUGGCACGAGCCAGACUUCUUUGGCGCCUAAGUCGGUAAUGCGCCAGCACAGUAAGGGCCAAAUCGCGUAGUUAGGAAAUCUGUAACCAGUGGUUCUGCUGUCAGUUGUACAAACCAGACGACCCGCUUUUUAUGACGACUCUAGUUGUGCUGUUUCGGCCUACACGCCAACAUUUUUGUUGAAGUUGGUAGCCGCAAACCCAGUCAUGUAAGUAUGGCAACUUUCAACUGCUUUGCAUUGUAGUGACAACUAAGUUAACUUAUUCGGUCGAAGUUCUUGGCCUUUUGAAAUCCACCUCCAGACACAACAUCUGGCACCCCUCUUAAAAAUCGGCGUUGUCGCUUAAAUCACAACGCGGGCAAUCCCCCUGUCUAUUGCAGCACGGCUUCUUUCACUGGGAAAUAGCAGUAAGCUCUACAGCUUACAUGCAAGCCUUGCUUAGAGUGCUGCCAUUUUAAUAGUUGCAUGUGGCCAUAUUUCUCCUAUCAACACCUGCUACCAUAUACAAACUGUCGUCGGCAUUUGUUGGUCGACCUCUAAUCUUGUUUUACAGUAGAUGUGUUAUCAUUGCAUGUUAACCAAAAUUCCGAAAUGUGCUUCCGACCCGAAAAGAUUACUUAACUAGGGUUUUGGUACUAAUUGCCGUACAGCGUAAGCCAGGAUGCCGGCUUCUGAAUGAGCUUCUUUUCGGCCGUCGAAAAAAGCACUUUCCUUAAAGAAUAACUACUUAAGUAGUAUGAUUUUUUCCCAUUGGUUCUUGACUCCGUUACAAAUUCUUUUGCAUUUCACACAAACGGGCAGAGAAAUAUUCCUUAUUGUACUCAUUUGACAGCAAAUUACGUCUCCUUCGCACUUCUUACUCAAAAAGGUUAUCUUUCGGUUCUAAAAAAGUGAAAUUUCCAUUUAACAUCUUAUUAGCCCGCCUGUCAAUACUGCUUAUAAAGUAUGCAACCUGGUCCAUAUUCAUGGCACAAUUUUAUGAGUGCUAUAUUACGUCUUCCUAACAGCAUAGAGAAAUGUGUGAUAUUCCUUUGAUGGAAUCUAUACAACAUGUUUUAAAACCCUGAAUACAAACAUAACGGCCGGUUGGGUUCAGAAUUACUCGGAAGUUGAAAAAGUUCUUAAAAAUCAAAAAGGUACUCUCUUCAAGUAGGAAAUCUGACGAAGACGUGAUUUUCAACCAACUGACCACGUGAGAGAACAUUUUUGCACGUGAUCUAAUUAAAUUUAUACGGACAUCAAAAAUCAAUGGGAAUAAUUCAUAUUAUUCAAGCAAUCAUUUUUUACAUAGUGUGGUUUUUUCAGACGGCCAAAAAGAAGCUUAUUCAAAAGCCGGUAUCCUAGCGUGAAUGAAAUGCCUUGUGGCUAUGCUGCAAGGUACUUUCUAUUGCAUCCCUGUCUAAGUAAUCUUUUAGAAUCGAAGGCACAUUGCAGAAUUUCGGUUAGCAUUUCUUGAGAUAGCACAUCUACUGUACGUGGCUGUUGUGCCAUCUUGUGGGUGGUCGUCUGGUCGCGAUACCUACCGCUAGAGGUCUGCAUCACUGCUCUCAGGCACCAAUCAGGUUGAGGUCCAUCCAUUUUGUUGCCAUCAUUCCUCCUCUAGACAGCCACUGGUCCGAGGAGGACGCCUCAUCAUACCGUCCGCCGGCGUCUGACCUGUUUAGAGGAGUUCACCUACCUUCCGUAAAUAAGUUGUAGUCUAAUGAGGAGGUUUCCGUAGGCAACGAUGCAUCAGACUCUACGUGAAAGUUUGACUGACUAGGCCCGAGCAACUCUUAAUGUAUAACAGUCGGGGCAAGAUUCGGUCGGCGCCUAUAGCUAAACCUAUACGUUGGCGAUUUGUCAGAAAGCGCUCUUCUCGGCAAGUCGAGCCAGAGCACACGCGCCAUACGACGUGGUUAAGCCGUGCCUCGUAGGAAAGUCAUUACGUGUGCCGGGUAGUUAGAGAAGUGUAUCUUAGAUUCGGAGGUGAGCGUCUACAUCCACCCCUGGGGCAACAGUAGUUUGAGAUCCUGGGAUCUGGCCGUACGGUGGCAGGUUAAGUCCUUUUGGAUAGCCUGUUGAAAUCUUUGAGUUGGUUGAAAGCGCCAUUGAGCGCUGUCUCAGAAUUCAAGAGCCCUUACGGUGGACCGCAGAAAUGUGUUUGAUGCGAAAUAACAAAUUUACCGUUCGCAGUUUGCUAGGGACCGUAGACUCCCAAAGAGUGGAUUGCUUUGUGUAUUGGUGCCACCAGCCUUUCCCGAGGGACAGAUUACGCAUGUGAAUGCUACGUACCACAUCACCUUACGUUAACACCACAACUAAGAGCAUGCAAGUACGCGGGGACGAGAGCGGCGAUGCGCAUUUUCGCGCGCCCUUGGCUGACGCCGCCCUCAGUCAGACCGUUGUUGCCGUGAGGGUGAGGGCAGAGCGAACUCAACCUCCUGUGGGGCGACUGUUCACUUCAUUUUUUAAAGCUACCUGGGUGUCCAAAUGUGUACAAACGCUCACAACCAGGUUGUUGCGUCAGAAUUUGCUGAGCGCUAUGUUAGAAAGCGAAAACCUCUUGAUUUAAGUGUUUCCUGCUUCUGGUAGAUGGCUGUUGGUGGGUGGUCGAUGAUAUGUCAAGGCGCAUUAUCUAGGGUCUUUCCCAGUCUUGCAGCCACACUCCCUACAGCUUGAAUCCAGUCGCCCUUUGUCAUUUUCAGCUCCAAUUUACCCAUUUUUCUUUGGAGCCUUCGUCAACUUUAAUUUCUUUUUUAUGUACCAUUCGCUUAGUUUAAAGUCGAUCCUUUUCCGACUGGCGCUUCCCCUGUCCGACGUCUUUGAGAACUUGCAGAAUUUUGUGGCGCACUUCAGGUAAUCGUAGUUUAUCCGUCCCAUUGCUAUCCCCUAACAUCAACUGUAGUCUAACAAACAGGAAUCUUCACUUGAAACCUGAGGAAGCCCUUCUCACAUCAGCCGCCUUACUCUACCUUCUUCGAACUUAUGUGAUAUGCCUUCGUACCGAGGAUGAUUCCUUGGAGCGGUUGUCAACCAUCGUUUCGGGUUUGGGUGUGGAUGCCAAGAAGUUUUUCGCAUCACUUGAGAACAUUGUGGCUCAGCUGAAGUCGACUCCUGAGGAGGACUUACCGGACUGA